UUCUUGCCUCUAUUAUCUUAUACACCGUAGUCAGGAUCUCAAUCUCCCCCAAAAGAGUGACAAACAUGAAAAUAAUUGUCACCAGAAAAGCACUUCUAUUAUUCUCUCUAAUAUUCAUGUAUCUAAUAAACUUUCUCAUCAAAGCCCAACCUCCAUACCCGUUCAUAAAGUGUCAAAACGAGACUACUUAUAUCGCCAAUAGCGUGUACAAUAGGAAUCUUGAUGCGGCUUUGUUCUCUCUCCAGACCACCAACUCAGGCUUCGGUUAUUAUAACUCUUCAGCUGGUCAAGGAACCGAUAGAGCCAACGCAAUCUGCCUUUGCCGUGGCGACGUGGAGCGAAACAUGUGUCAAAGUUGUUUAAGGGACGCUAUUUUUCGGCUAAGAGUAGUUUGUCAUAACCAAACAGAAGCUGUUAUAUAUUAUGAAUUUUGUUUAUUGAAGUACUCUAAUGCCACUAUACUGGGAAACAAUGAUAUGGCUAGAGAUAUAUACCGCAUGCAAAACAUUAAUACCUUUUCUGAUAAGGAGCAAUUCAAUGGUGUUCUCCAACCGUUUAUGAGCAAGUUGAGAGGCGAAGCGGCUGCUGGGAAUUCGUUGCUGAAGUUUGCUAUGGAGGACACAAGCGGGCCGGGUUCGAACACGCUUUAUGGCGUUACGCAGUGUGUUCCAAGUUUGUCUGAGCCUGAGUGCAAUGAUUGUUUGGAAUAUGCAAUUAAUCAGAUGUCAUUGUGUUGUGACGGGAGAUAUGGUGUAGUAAUUCUUAUGACACGUUGUAAUGUAAGGUAUGAGAUUUAUGAAUUUUCAAUUAACUCAGCAAUUCUUCCGCCACCACCAAGUUCACAGCCAUCUCCACCUGUUACAUCGCCACCAGGUAAGAAAACUAGACCAAGUCGGACUGUAAUCUUCGUCAUUGUUCUGACUGUUAGUGCAAUAGUCAUUGCUUCCAUCUGCAUUUUCUUGAUACUGAGGAGGAAGAAAAUUCUGGUUAAAAAAGAUAAUAUUAUGGAUAUAAGCACAAUUGAAUCACUUCAAUACACCUUUGAAAUGGUAAAAGAAGCUACGAAUGACUUUUCUGAGAGCAAUAAGCUUGGAGAAGGUGGAUUUGGGUCGGUGUACAAGGGUAAUCUUCAAAAUGGACAAGAUAUAGCAGUGAAGAGGUUGUCAAAAGACUCUGGACAAGGUGAAAAUGAAUUCAAGAAUGAGGUCAUGCUUGUUGCAAAGCUACAACAUCGUAAUUUGGUUAGGUUCCUUGGUUUUAGUUUAGAAGGAACCGAAAGGCUUCUCAUCUACGAGUUCAUGCCGAAUGCAAGCCUUGAUCAUUUUAUAUUUGAUCCAACUAAGUGUGCAUUGCUUGAUUGGAAUAAACGUGACAAAAUUAUAAAAGGGGUGGCUCGUGGCCUUCUUUAUCUUCAUGAAGACUCACGUUUGAGGAUAAUUCAUCGUGAUUUGAAAGCUAGUAAUGUUUUGUUAGAUGAAGAAAUGAACCCCAAAAUUGCAGAUUUUGGAAUGGCAAGGUUGUUCAACAUCCAAGAAACUCAUGGAUGCACAAAUCGAAUUGUUGGGACUUAUGGUUAUAUGCCACCAGAAUAUGUUAUGCAUGGUCAAUUCUCGGUGAAGUUGGAUGUUUUUAGCUUUGGAGUAUUGGUGCUUGAAAUAAUAACAGGCCAAAAGAACCAGUACUUUAAGAUUGACAACAAAUUAGAAUUCCUUCUAACCUAUGCAUGGAAAAGUUGGCGACAGGAAACUACAUCAAAUAUGAUUGAUCCUACAUUGAUGGUUGAAUCCAAUUCAUUGGACGAAAUCAUUAGAACCAUUCAUAUUGGUUUGCUAUGUGUCCAAAGUAAUGUUGCUGAGAGGCCAACAAUGGCUUCGAUUGUUCUUAUGCUUAAUAGCUCAUCGCUUAGCCUCCAAAUACCAUCUGAGCCAGCUUUUUUCAUGCGUAGUUCUGCUACAGUAGUAGCAGCAAGUGACUCAGAAAACUCUAAUCAAAGAUCUUCUCAAUCUUCAGGAAACGAUGCUUCAAUAUCUGAUAUAGUUGCACGAUAGUCUUGUUAACAUAUUCAAUUUUGUAAUGAGCCAUCUUUAUCAGGUUUGAAUUAGAAACUUCAAUAUGUAAUACACAUAUACAUAUCUUAGUAUAAAUAUUACAUGAUAUUUGAUUUAUACAAACAGAUCAGCAUCGUUAAAUACAUAGCCAAUUAAAAGUAAAGAACAAUGGAAAUUAUAUAAACAUUGGU